AUGAUCACUGCUCAAGCAGUCGUCUACUCCGAACAUGGAGAACCUAAGGAUGUCUUGAGAACUCACACCUACGAAAUUGACGAUGACAAAAUUGCCGCUAACCAGAUCAUUGUCAAGACAUUGGGUUCGCCUGUGAACCCCUCAGAUAUCAACCAAAUCCAGGGAGUUUAUCCCUCGAAGCCAGACAAGACCACAGAGUUGGGUACUUCAGAACCUUCUGCUCCUUGUGGAAACGAAGGCUUAUUUGAAAUCAUCAAGGUUGGUUCAAAUGUCUCGAACUUCAAGGUAGGUGACUGGGCCGUUCCCUCUAACGUCAACUUCGGUACUUGGAGAACUCAUGCGCUUGCUACUGAAGAUCAGUUCACCCGUCUUCCAAACCCCGAACAGUCGAAGGCUGCUGGCAAGCCCUCCGGUUUGACCAUUAACCAGGGUGCCACGAUCUUAGUUAACCCAAUGACUGCUUACCUCAUGUUGACCCACUACGUGCAAUUGAUUCCUGGAAAGGACUGGUUCAUUCAGAAUGGUGGUAACUCUGCUGUGGGAAAGUACGCUAUUCAAAUCUCAAAGCUCUUGGGAUUCAAUUCCAUAUCGGUUGUCAGAGACAGACCCAACUUGAAUGAACUAGAGUCUGAAUUGAAAGGCUUAGGUGCUACUCAGGUUAUUACAGAAGAACAGAACGGCUCCAGGGAAUUUGGCCCUACAAUCAAGAACUGGGUCAAAGAAACAGGCGGAGAAAUAAAGCUAGCACUCAACUGUGUGGGUGGAAAGAACUCUACAGGUGUCGCCAGGAAGUUAGCCAACAACGGGUUAAUGUUGACGUACGGUGGGAUGUCUUUCCAGCCAGUGAUCUUGCCUACUUCUUUGCACAUCUUCAAGAACAUCACCAGUGCCGGAUUUUGGAUUACAGCCUUGUUGAAGAACGACGAGGAGUUGAAGAACAAAACCUUGAGCAAAAUUGUCGAAUGGUACGAAAAUGAACAAUUGGUCGAUGCCAAAUCGCUCGAAACCCCUUUCGUCGCUGGUGGUGCUAAGCAAUUGCAUGAGUACUACCAGGAAGCAGUUGUCAACUCUGCUAAGGGUAAGCAAUUGAUCACCUACUAA